UGCUGUUCUUGGUGCUAGAGCUAUGCCAUAAAACAUGAGAAGUAUUUGCAAAGAGAGAAUAUGCAGAACGCCUUUAUGCUUCCAAUGGAUUAAUAAGAGCUGGACUUUAGAGAGGUUCCGGUUCUGUGGUGACUUGGACUGUCCUGACUGGGUCUUGGCAGAAAUCAGUACUUUGGCCAAAAUAUCCUCAGUGAAACUUAAGCUGAUCUGCGCCCAGGUGCUGAAGGAUCUGCUUGGGGAAGGGAUUGAUUAUGAAAAGAUUUUAAAGCUAACAUCGGAUGCUAAGUUUGAAUCUGGGGAUGUGAAGGCUACCAUUGCUGUUCUCAGCUUCAUCCUUUCCAAUGCCGCGAAACACAAUGUGGACUGCGAGUCUCUCUCCAGUGAGCUUCAGCAAUUGGGGUUGCCUAAAGAACAUGCCACAGGCCUGUGCCGGUCUUACGAGGAGAAACAGAGCCUCCUGCAGGACAGCCUUCGGGGGUGCAGCCUGAGAUUGAACCGCUUGGAUUCUGUCUCCUGGAGAGUGGACUACACACUGAGCUCAAGUGAGCUCCAGCAGGUCAACAAGCCUGUCGUUCAUCUCAAGCUAAAUGUGAAAGAUGUUGACAGAGGGGUCCUGGAGCCCGUUGCCAUGACACUAUCGGCAGAGAAGUUCCGUGUGUUGCUUGCAGAACUGAAGCAGGCCCAGGCCAUCAUGAAAAUGCUCGACUGAGACGCCUCCAGGAUGGACAGUGUUGUGGCUGGAAUGAGUUUUAUUUUGUCGCAGGCCAAGAAAUCUCCGUGGCUACUUCAGAGAGAAUCCUUGUGUCCAGCAAGUUUUUUCCCAAUGGCUGUAACCAAGGAGGUCAUUACUGAAAUCCAUUCCUUUCUUCUGGCUUACUGUGUUCAAAACCAAAGGCUGUCCUUGUUGUUGGUGGUACAGCACUCUGGCCUUAUCUAUACGUGCAGCAGAAUGGGAUGGUAGAAUAGACUGUACCAUUUUUGAGUAUACGUAUGUGUGGGGGGUCCAUUUUUGAAAAACAUUGCUUUAUAUUAAAAACUCUUAACAGUCAGAAAAUGUGUAUAGCAUGGAGUGGGCUGAAAUAAAACCUUUUCUCUCUAAUGUGCUAGGUCUUUUCCCGCCUAUUAGAAGAUUUGUAUACAGAAGAGAGUUCAAAGUGGGCAUUCUCCCAACUUCACAGUCAAAGUGGUACAGUCUACUCUGUUGUGAUUUUUCCUCCUCACUCUGCUGCCUCAUUUGGCUCCUGGUUUAACCAUCUGUUUCAAUUAAAAUCCUCCUUGUCAGUGCCCAGUCCCCUUCUGCAUCUUUCCCCGAAGUCAGAGCUGCCCAAAAUGUGGUCCCAUUGCUGCUGCUGCUCCCCUUUCCUUGGAUUGGUCCAUCAGCAUUGCUGAGCCAGUAUCAACUCCUAUCUCUGCUUUGGCUACCAGGAGUUCCCACCUUGGGGCUGUUUCUUCCAAAUCGCACUAACCCAGGAUGAAACUCCUGUGGUUCCACAGCCCCAAUGCCACCCUGGAACCAGAACAAGCAGAAACACAAAUGUGGCAUCCUCACACAUGUUACCUGCUCCAAAAGGUAUCUCUUGAUGUGCAUUGAAGUUGCCUGGAUUUUUCACGAAUGAACCCCAGAAGUAGAAUGCUUUUGCCAUGGUUUGAGUUGCACUUUGUCAUGUCAUGAGCAUAGAAACUCUGAGACGCCAAGAUUUUCUUGCAUUAAUCUGCGUGGUGCCAUAAGAACUUUAUAUGUAUCAAGACGGCUCUUGCCUCAUUCUCUCUGGGGAGAGGCGGCCUUGUUAAUCUCCCCCUGCCCUUUUUGCAGAAGUAGGGAAGCUCCAGAUCACAGCUAUUUCUUGUCUGUUUGCGUUGACCUUCCCCUAAUGCAGGGAUGGGGAACCUGUGGCCCUCCAGAUGUUGUGGGACUACAGCUCCCAUCAUUCAUGACUGCUGGCUGUGACCCUUGGGAGUUUGAGUCCAACAACACCCAGAGGGUCACGGGCUCUUUAUGCCUGCCUUAGAACUUUCUUCCUCAAACAGAGGAAGGCUGCUCUGUUAUUUCCAUUUACCAGUGAGCCAUCUAUGUUUGAGGUGUGGAAGGGCGAAAUAGCCUGUCAUUCUCUUCCUCCCAAGCCCUUGAUUCUUUUCCUGCAAUGGAUGUGGGAGGUGUGGGAAAGGUGUGUAUCUCCAAAUAUCUCCAUGUGUUUGAAGCUCAGCAUCUUAAAACCUCAGCGGUUGUACCAUUUCCAUAUUUUGCAGAACAGGAGAAAAUUAAAUCUCACUGUAGCAAGA